AUGCCAACUCUCCUGUUCACUGUGGCUCCUUCGGGAGCUGCGUCCUUCCAUGAUCUUCUCACCUGCCUGGCAAAGUUCGACGAGGAUGUUUCUCUGGAAGCGACACCUCAAUUUUUUCGGCUUUCAAGUCUGAAUAUUUCAAAAACUGCCCAUGCUGCAUUCACACUCGGUUCAUCAUUUUUCGAUAAGUACCACUUUUCGCCUGGACCGAGGACGGCUUCCGGCUCUGCUCUGCCAAAGCAAUGGUCUUGCAAGCUCCAAAUUCGGGCUCUCCUGUCCAUUUUCAAGCGUCGCCUGGGUGACCAACGGGACAAGGACACCGCCCUCGAAACUUGCGACUGCGAGCUACAGGCCAAUCCGGAUCAGCCGGAAUGUCGACUGGUAUUCCGUUUGAAUUGCCGGCAGGGCGUGGUCAAGACAUAUCGCCUGUUCUACCAAGCCGGAGAAAUUCUGCACGCGGCUUUUGACAAAAUCGGAUCGCCCAACUAUUGGUCCAUAUCAUCGCGAACGCUGCGAGAUAUCGUAGAGUAUUUCGGACCCAAGACUGAUCAGCUGGAUUGGUAUUUUCAGAAUGGAAAAGUAACUUUCACAAGUUACACGGAGAAGAUCCAGGCUGGAAGAGAAAUCCUCAAGCAACCCAUGCACACCUCUGUGGCUCUCGAGCGAAAAGAUUUCAGUGACUUCAAUGUUCAGGAAGGGUUACAUAUCGGCACUGUGGUCAAAGACUUCCGCGCGAUCGUAGCACACGCGGAGACCAUGCAUACUCAAGUGACCGCGAGAUACUCACGAGGAAAUCGACCCAUGCAGAUCAGCUAUGGAGAAAAUGGACUCCAAGCUGACUUCACUCUGAUGACGAGAGGCUCUGCAAAUGUCCCAAGCAGUGCGCCAACCGCGGCAACGCCAGCCCGAGAUCUAUCCAUGCGUCCUACAUCGCGACCUCCUGAAACACCAGUCCUAGCUUCACGAACCUCGGCUAUGAAUUCUCGACCUGCAAUAAGUUCGGAUGCCAGCAUGCCACCUCCAGCACGCGGUUCCUUGCACGCUCGAGACCAACCUACACAAUCUGCAUUUGCUAAAGCAGAUUCAGAAAACUCUGCUCGGCCUCUUGCUGCAGAACCCGCGCCCUCUGUAGAUAUCGAUCCACACAGCCUCUUCAUUCCCGCCGAUGACGACGACCACCAAUGGGACGAACCCAAUUUUGAAGAAGAGGCCGACAUUGUGACGUGGGAUCACACCGCGGACAACGCUGCAUCAGCACCGAACUCGACGCGCCGAAUUCGCGACUCUGAACUGCAUUCUUUCGCCUCGAUGACGGAGCAGGAGCAGCACGAUCGGACGACAGACCUGACGGGGUCACGAUUUCCGACGGAGAUCGCUCCAACGCAGCGACUUUCGCAGGUGAAAGGGAUUUUUGACUGA